GACCUGGAUGCUCGUCAAUUGGAUUUGGAGCAGCUAUAGAAUUGGGGCCUCUUAUAGUUGUCGAAAACGGCCUUGAAUAUAAUCAGCAAUCUUGGUACAAAGAGGCUAAUUUGCUGUUUGUAGAGUCGCCAGUUGGGGUUGGGUUCUCAUACACCAACACACCAAGUGAUUUCAACAAUAUGGACGACAAAUUUGUUGCUGAGGAUACCUACAUAUUUAUGGUUAGAUGGCUGAAAAAAUUUCGACAGUUCCAACACUGCAAUUUUUUUAUUGCAGGCGAGAGCUAUGCAGGUCGUCAUUAUGUACCUCAGCUGGCUGAACUUGUGUAUGACAGGAACAAGAUGACGAAUAAAUAUCCACAUAUCAACUUCAAAGGAUUUAUUGUAGGAAACCCUGAAACUAGCGACGAAUUUGAUAAUCAAGGCAUACUCGAGUUCGCAUGGAGCCACUCGAUUAUAUCAGAUCAAACCUAUUACGUGGCAAAAAAAACGUGUGAUUUCAGGACCGACGACUGGUCAGACCCGUGUGCUGAUGCUAUGAUUUCGUUAUGGAAUCAAUAUAACGACAUAGACUUCUACAACAUUUAUGCCCCUUCUUGUCUUGCCAACACCACCUCAACUUUUCUUCACCAUACUGCCCUUACCGGAAAAAACUUCUCAUAUACAAAGGCAUGCAAAAUGCAACACUUUCUCCAACUUCUUACAAUUCCCCCAAUUCAAGGACAUUCUGACCCGUGUUCUUCCCAAUACACUAACAAGUACUUCAACAGAAAAGACGUCCAAAAGGCACUUCAUGUUAAUUGUAGAAAACAUGGAUCAUAUAUAAAAUGGCAAGAAUGCAAUUAUACUAUAUUCGGAGCAUACAAUCGCUCCGUUUUUUCCGUGUUGCCGAUAUACAAAAAGCUCACCAAUGCAGGUUUGAAGAUAUGGAUGUACAGCGGGGAUGUAGAUGGCCGUGUCCCAUUCAUUGGUUCAAGAUACUGUGUGGAAAAUCUUAACUUAACACUCAAAACUCCUUGGACUAAUUGGUAUUAUGAUCAUCAGGUAGCAGGAAGAAUGGUGGAAUAUGAAGGGUUGACGUUUUUAACCGUGAGAGGGGCGGGCCAUUCGGUGCCUUCCGACAAGCCGAACGAGACCUUAGCCUUAAUCCACUCUUACUUGACCGGCCAACCUCUUCAAACCCACAAAUAA